CCGCCCACACCAGAAUUUCAGCUCCAACAUUCCCGACUCCACGCCCAUCGCCAUCACCAACUUCAGAGGUAUGUACGUAUCACCCUCGCACCCGAGUGCCCUCAGGUAGCCAUGGAGAGCAAUCGCCUGCUUGUCUGUCUCCGCGCGGACUUGCAGUCGAUACGCGCCUCUAUCACGACAUGAGCUGAAGAACCCUUUCGGGCUCGACCCGGGGGCACUCUCAAGCUCAGGCUUCUGAUGGCUAAUUCCAAUCGUGGUACAGACACCUCAAUCCGCAUCUUGCCGUUUGAGCUCUCGAUCCGCAAUCAUGGUCAAGACUUCCGUUCUCAACGAUGCGCUAAAUGCCAUCAACAACGCCGAGAAGACUGGAAAGCGCCAGGUCCUCAUCCGACCCAGCUCCAAGGUCAUCAUCAAGUUCCUCACGGUGAUGCAAAAGCACGGCUACAUCUCCGACUUCGAGGAAGUCGAUGACCACCGCAACGGCAAGAUCGUCAUCUCGCUCAACGGCAGGAUCAACAAGACCGGUGUCAUCAGCCCCCGAUACAACGUCCAGCUCCGCGAUCUCGAAAAGUGGAUCGUCAAGCUGCUGCCAUCCCGUCAAUUCGGAUGCAUCAUCCUCACCACCUCCGCCGGCAUCAUGGACCACGAAGAGGCCAGGAGGAAGCAUGUGUCUGGAAAGAUUCUUGGUUUCUUCUACUAG